AUGCUGUUUUGUCUAUCAGCUGCUUGUGCAAAAAAUGUUAGCAUUAUUGUAACUUGUGUUGAGUAUGAAAAACUAUACCUUUUAUUUAGUAUGAAAAAACUUAAUAGCAAAGAUCGAGAAAGACUUCAAAAAUCUUAUCAGUCAAAUGAAUCUGAUGAAGGUGAUGAACAGGAAUCUUAUGAGUUUGAUGAAUUUGAUGAUAACAAUAAUGAGGAAGGAGUCAA